UUAAAACUCCACUGUCUGUCAGACCAGAUUGCCUCCCCUUUUCCUUUUAAAACUCUACUGCUGUCAAACUAGAUUGCCUUCCCUUUUCCUUUUAAAACUAUAUUGUCUCUCAAACCAGAUUGCUUCCCUUUUCCUUUUAAAAAUCAACUGUCUGUCAGAACAGAUUGCAUCCCUUUUCCUUUUAAAACUCCACUGUCUGUCAAGACAGAUAACGUAAGCAAUUAUGCACCGCAAAGUUCAUUUUUUCUGCAUCCUACAUAGUUUAAACCUUGCUAGUAAAAAUUGUAAGAAUACAUAUUAGGUUUGAUGUUAGUGGGCGAGAGAUAUGUGGUAGAGUGAGAUAGAGACGUGUGACAGUGCGAGGAGGUAGACAACAACAACAACAACAAGUGCAAGAUUCAGGCGUUUACAGGUUAUCUAGUUAUUUUUGCGAUUUCCAUUUAGUUAGAAACAUACUAACGGGGUAACUGGAUAAGAUUCGUGUUACCACUUACUAAGUGAAAUUCGCUAAUCAUUAUUAGAUAACCAGUUGUAUUAAUAUAUUUAUAUAUAAGUGGUAACACGAAUCUAAUCUAGUUAACCAGUUAGUAUGUUGCUUAUAUAGUGGAAUUCGCUAACAAUAACUAGUUAACCUGUUAGCGUUGUAUAGCUAAAAAGGGUAAUAGGUGGCAGUUCUGGGCACUUUCAAUCCUGUUUUAGUCUUACGAUAUUUAUCUUACCAAAAAAGUAUCGCGAAUAUUAACUAGAUAGCUAUAUAAUUAUCGCGAAAAUUAAGUGUUUAGCACAAAACAAUUCGCAAACGCUAUCAGGGUGUUUUACGUCAGUCAUAUGCCAGCAUACCUAUACAAGUACAAACUAUAUUACAAGAAAUUAAAUGCUUAUUUUAAACAAAAACGGAGGGUUGUGAUUUUGGCACAACCAAUAAUCUCCAUCAUAUAGAUGCUUGCAUUGAUCUGGAUCGUUACCGUUUAAUGCGUUCUGUAUUUUCGUCAUUUGACGUCAUUGACUUUAAUCAGAGCUGCUGAAUGAUUGAGACUAUAUAACCACAAAAUGUGCAUUUAAUUUCAUUGGGAUUAGACAUAUUGUAUUAAUUAUACAUAAUUCUCCAAAUGUUUAAUGUUCAAUUCAAAUCUGUCAAGGAUGUUCACAAACACUGGGACAAGACAACAAUAACAUUAAAAACGAUAAACCUUGGAAUCAUGAUGAACUGUUGCUUCGAUUUGGGUAAAACACAGUGAAGAAAACACUUCGUGUAAUUAUAAACAGAAAUACAACAUUGAACAUUUGGAUUUUCUCUCUUAAUGGGAGGUGCAAAGUGUUUUAUAAAUAAUGAACAAUCAGGUGGGUUAUUCCCACCAUAAUUAAGUUGAAUAAUGAGACGUACUUUUCGAGUGUUUUUGUACUUUUCGAUAUGGAUAUUGUUGGCGCUGAUAUGCAUAGUGCUAAAUAUUAUCAACAUAGAUUGGCGACUAACAGAUACAGUGAACGGCAUUAUAAUCAUUGUUGUUCUUGGCGUGUUACAAGGAUCUGUGCUCGAAUUGCCCGUACAGACCAUCGCUACACUCAUUAUUGGAAAAAAACGCAAACAAAUCAAGAGAGCUCCGUCCGACCGUCUUACCGUCAUCUUAAAUUACAAUCUUCUGGCUACGGGAAAAGAUGACAUCUUGGAAUGUAUGGAGUCAAUGUAUUUGGCUUUCGUGGGGAACUUAAGUCAUAAAGUUUCCGCAGUAUUAGUUAGUGCAACGAACGAUGAAGAAUUAAAGAAGUUCGAGUUACAAAUUCGAGAUUCCUACAGAGCCAUUUUGUACGAUGACUUAUAUAGAGAAGGACUUGCGUUUGUGCAGGGCGAAUAUGAACUAGUUGACCCAAUACAUUUGCACAAUGUUUGGGCAAUGUAUGUGGAUGUUGACAAAAAUGUGUUUGUUAGCGAAUAUUUAGAGGACAUAUGUGACAGAUAUGCGAGGGAGUUCAUGGUUGUGCAUCGUGUAAGUCGUGUCCUCAGAAAAUGUGGCCAGUAUCAAGACUUGAUGCUGUUAUCGGAAGGCGAAUUCGAAGCGUAUUCCUAUUGUGAUUGCGAUUGGUAUGGUCGGUCCGCUCGGGAAGUCGGCGAAGCUCUCUUCCAUUCAAGCGAAGACGUGUCUAAUAUUAUUGAAAGAAAGUUCGAUUAUACGUUAGUAUUAGACGCGGAUACUGGUGUUUCGCGCGGGAGCGUAUUUGAAAUGCUCAACAUUGCCGCCGCUUACCCUGAGCGAGGAAUCAUUCAACCAUCCAUCAAACUACAUUGUACCAGCGAAGACACAUUCUUCAUGCACCUUGAAUCCAUGCGACAAAGCAUUUAUGAGCCAAUGACAAAUGCCAUCACGGCCCUUUUCGAUCAAUCAUCAUACUUUGGGAAAGCAUUGAUAAAAAAUAAACUAUAUAUCGACAACGUUAUCGGCUCGAAGAAUGAUCUUAUUGAAAGGGUUCCUAUUGAUGUUUUAAGUCAUGAUACUUUUGAAGCAGUCAUCUUGAAGCCUUUGUACGCUGGAAGCGUGUACCUACUAGAAGCUCCCAGUCAUAACUAUGUCACGUGGAAUAUACGAGAGCGGCGAUGGUAUAGAGGAGAAAUUCUUCUCGCCAUGUACUUUUGGAAACACGCUUUUGGGACACCGAUGCGGUGGAUACAACAUAAGCUGCAGAAUUCAAAAUUUAACAAAACAAAAGUUAGAACUGAAUCAAAGCUGGAUUUUGUUACCUCAUACAUCGCCCAUUCAGCAUUACGACAAAUGUUAAUGAAACCAGCGUUGCUUCUAUACAUCCUUUUGCACAUCGCUGUACAUCUCCGCUACAGAUACGUAUCAAUCAUUGUUGUCAUGUUCACUGUUUUAGUUUUCCCAAAGAUUGUCACAUGUAAUCGUGAGAAUUACAAAUAUGUUGUCGUAGAAACUAUAACAUCCAUAUUUCAAUUUACCCCUGAAGCCCUCGUUGGAUGUGUCCGCAUUUGGAGAGCUCUGUAUGCCAACAUUUCCCUCAAUGCAAAAUGGGUACCACAGCGUGCAGUGGAAAUAGAGUUUAUGACUUCCAAUCCAUUUUUAUCGAGUUUUAAACAUUUGUGGGGAUAUUCCUUGUUUUCGCUUGUGGUAGGCAUAAUAGUUAUAUUAUUUCUAGAUCGUGCAAUGUUGGUUCUAAUAAUGCUAACUACCACGUUUCUUUUACCUCUCUUUACUGGUUUUACAUCGUUGAUUCCUGGAUUUAAAUGUUGUAAACCUAAGAAAAGACGGCUGUUACCCCAAAGUGCACAAGGUAGUUUAGUAUCUGAAAUUUCAGGGACACACAUUGUGUCCGAUGGUGAUUUAUAUAAAAGUCUGGGGACGACCUCCGAAGAAGCUUACACAAACCUUACAACGACGUCUCAACAACAUUCGAUCUCUGCACCGAGCUCUUCUGAGCUCAUAAUGCGUCUCGGCGAAGAUAAAAAUAUAACACUUGCUCCCUCUUGGUCAAGAGAUGUGGAAGAAAUCAUUUCAAAUUCCGAACGCUAUGGUCAGAUGUUGCCUGAUCUUCCAGCACUGAAACAAAAGAGCAGACCAAUGCUCAGCAAAAGAACAUACGAUGAAAGAAGUGGAGUUGAAAGAUAUGUUUCAAUUAUAAAUGUAACCUCUUCUUCGGCUAGUGAUAAAACUGAGAUGGAAAGUACAGCGCAUAGUAGUUCACACGACUAUGAUGUAUUGAAUUCGCCACCAGGAUCAUACUCUACCAUUUCUCCAAAAAGCAAACGUUCUUCCUUGUUCUCUGAAAGUUCCGGAAGGAACACAAAUGAUGACGCAUGUCUUCCAAGAAAAGAAGUGGUAGAAUACAUAAAUAACAUCACAUACAUUACUAUAGGUGAUUUGGGAGAAAGGAGACAAUUAAAUGGCCAGACGAACUUUAACGACACAGAUACGGAUGAUAAAAACGGCUCAAAAAGCUCUUUAAGUGGAAGCUCAGUAGAAAAGCUUUAUCGAAAUAUUGGUGUGCUUAAACAAUUUACUUCGUAGCAUUCAAUUGAUGAAAAGUUUCGAGUUUCCUUUUACUCUGUCAAAUUUCCUAAGGCCUUAGAGAAUAAAUGAGAGUGAUUUGUCAGAGCCAAUGAUAAUGACUAAAACAAUAAAAGCAUACUUUUAAACAUGACAUUCAACGGCGAAUGUCAGUAAAUGCAGAAAAGCUGGUGUGUGCAUGAGCCAAACAGUGAUGUAAGAUUGCUGACAAAAAAUCAAAACGCAGUUUUCAUAAUUAUGUUCAAAAAUUAAUUCUUAAUGUAUUUCUCUUAAAGCGUUAGUAACUCUUUUAGCCAUAAAACAUUAAUUUUCGAAAAUAUAUAUGAAAAACUGCGAUCUGAUCCUUAUUCAGCAGUGCUAUAUCACGCAAAAAUUUGCUCAUUCAAAGACAAACAAUUAAAAAGUUGUCGAAACGGUUUAUCAGUGAGGGUGUAGUUUUAAUAUCAAUCGUCAAACAAAGCAGCUAUUUAUUGUGUCACUUCUUAUACGUUAUCAUGUCCAAGAAAUGUUUACAGAGCUUUUAACUAUAAUCUACUAAUAUCUGUACAUUAUCUUCUGGGUUUUUUUUCCUUUAGAAUUCAAUAAAAAACAUUUACCCAUGCAACGGUGCGUGGUCUAAUAAAUAUAAUUUGUUUUCUUAUUUGUGAUGCCGUGUGCGAAAAUAGGUCCUGUGGGGGCAUUCAUACAAUAUAUACAUUAUCCAUGAUUAUUCACAUAUUGUUAUACAUGAAGACUUUCCAUAUUUCUUAAGCUAUUCUUGAAUUGUUACUGAUAUUGGCUACCUUGUAAUGAUGGUCACAUGCAUGAAAACUGUAUAUAUUUGUUUGACGAGAUGCUUUAUUGCAUAAGUCGAAAUAAACUUCUGUUCCGUUUUACAAUUUAAACAAGCGACUGGGUAAUAAAAUAAAACUUUUAACAAGUAUGAAAUUUGAAUUGGUGAUAAUUCUGGAGAAAUUAUUAAAACAGCACUGAUUGUUUGCUAAUUAGAUACAUUAAUUUGCAAAACUAAACUUAUGCAGGUCUACUUUUCGCAGACGACGUAACCAAUUAAGACACAACGUAUAAACAACAAAGAGUGAUGACAAAAUAAUUGCCACUGAAUUCCGUUUUUGCCCAAUUGUCAUUAUAAAUUGUUAAAAUAUAUUCAUAAUACUCCAUAAUUGUACUUUUUUUUUACAAUAUAUUAUAUUUAAUACUCAUUUUGUAGAUAAGGUAGACUUUGAUACGUUAUGAAUAAAAUUAAGU